CAUGUUUCCCCCAAGGAUUCCACGGCCACCCGCAACACCACGUUUAGACAGUCCAUCAACACCCCAUCGUCAGGAACCUACGACGACUUUUCGCAUCAUUCUGCCCGUUAGUCAUUUUACCGAUACCACUCGCUCGAGUAAAGAACAACAAACCCCGAUUGACACGUCUUUUCCAGGUACCCUCCUUGUCUGUUGACUACAUGGCUGAACUCGCUCCCAAUAGUUGAGAUUGUCAUCAGACGAUCACCACAUUGCCAACCAUGGCCAGCUGGGAGGUUGGCACUCGGGCCUGGUUCCCAAACCAGGCCGAGGGUUUCGUUCCCGGUGAAUUGGCAGAGAAGAAGUCCUUGGGAGACGGAAAAGUAGCCCUCGUCUUCAACCUGUCCGAUGAAUCUAAGCACACGGUCGAAACCACCGAAUCCGCCCUCAACGAUACCCAACAUGCCUCCUUACCACCUCUCAUGAACCCUCCUAUGUUUGAAGCCGCCGAAGACCUCACAAAUCUAUCCCAUCUCAACGAGCCGGCCAUCCUGCAGGCCAUCAAGCUCCGAUAUGCGCAGAAAGAAAUAUACACCUACAGUGGUAUCGUACUGAUAGCCACCAAUCCUUUUGCGCGCGUGGACUCUCUCUAUGUUCCGCAGAUGGUGCAGGUAUAUGCUGGCAAGCAAAGAGCAUCGCAGGCACCGCAUUUGUUUGCUAUUGCAGAAGAAGCCUACACAGACAUGUUACGGGACAACCGAAAUCAGACAGUCGUUGUCUCUGGUGAGUCGGGUGCUGGUAAAACUGUCAGUGCGAAAUACAUCAUGCGUUACUUUGCAACACGCGGUGGCCCGGGACAGAUGGCCAAGAGCACAAAAUCACGAGCAGAUGCCAUUAGCGAGACCGAGGAACAGAUUCUCGCUACAAAUCCUGUCAUGGAAGCCUUCGGCAAUGCAAAGACGACGAGAAACGACAACUCUUCGAGAUUCGGGAAGUACAUCGAGAUUAUGUUUGACAAAAACACCGACAUCAUCGGUGCCAGGAUAAGGACGUAUUUGCUCGAGCGCUCACGUCUUGUGUUCCAACCACUCAAGGAAAGGAACUAUCACAUCUUCUACCAGUUGGUCGCCGGGGCCACCCCGGAGGAGAGACAAGAUCUCGGUCUAGUGCCUGUCGAAGAGUUUGAUUAUUUGAAUCAGGGGAACGAGCCCAGGAUCGAUGGUGUUGACGAUGCAGCGGAAUUCGCAGCCACGAGGAAGUCUUUGAGCACGAUCAACGUUUCCGGAGCCACUCAAAAGGAGAUCUUCCGUAUCCUCGCCGCGUUACUACAUAUUGGCAACAUCAAGAUUACGGCGACACGAACGGAUUCUUCACUGUCCUCGUCCGAACCGUCAUUGGUACAGGCUUGCAGCGUACUGGGCAUUGAUGCAGGAGAUUUUGCGAAGUGGAUUGUGAAGAAACAACUGAUCACCAGAGGAGAAAAGAUUACGUCCAAUCUUACUCAACAGCAAGCCACCGUCGUCCGAGAUUCGGUCGCCAAGUUCAUAUAUUCUAGCCUAUUCGACUGGCUUGUUGACACCAUCAACCAUGGGCUGGCGACGGAGGAUGUCUUGCAGCGAGUCAGCACCUUCAUUGGUGUGCUCGAUAUCUACGGUUUCGAGCAUUUCGCCAAAAAUUCUUUUGAACAAUUCUGUAUCAACUACGCCAACGAGAAGCUCCAGCAAGAAUUCAACCAGCAUGUGUUUAAACUUGAGCAAGAGGAAUACAUGCGUGAGCAAAUAGACUGGACUUUCAUCGACUUCUCCGACAAUCAGCCUUGUAUUGAUCUUAUUGAAGGGAAACUUGGGGUCUUGUCCCUCUUGGACGAAGAGUCGAGGUUACCCAUGGGCUCGGACGAACAAUUUGUUACGAAGUUGCACCAUCAUUUCGCUGCGGACAAGCAAAAAUUCUACAAGAAACCCCGGUUCGGCAAAUCUGCAUUUACAGUCUGCCAUUAUGCCCUUGACGUUACCUACGAAUCUGAUGGCUUCAUUGACAAGAAUAGAGACACGGUACCAGACGAGCAGAUGGAAGUGCUUAAGAAGUCUACAAAUGCCUUCUUGGUUGAAGUUUUGGAUGUGGCUGCUGCCGUGAGAGACAAAGACAGUGCUCAAACGGGCUCAAAGACUGUCGCUCCUGGAGGUGGACGCCGUGUGGGCGUCGCUGUUAAUCGCAAGCCUACACUUGGAGGCAUCUUCAAGAGCUCGCUCAUUGAACUCAUGCAGACCAUCAACUCGACUGAUGCCCACUAUAUUCGUUGUAUCAAGCCUAAUGAAGCCAAGGAAUCCUGGAAAUUCGAGGGCCCUAUGGUCUUGAGCCAGCUCCGAGCUUGCGGUGUUUUGGAAACUGUCCGCAUCAGCACGGCUGGCUAUCCCACGAGAUGGACCUAUGAAGAAUUCGCCUUGAGAUAUUACAUGCUGUGCCGGUCUUCGGAAUGGACAACUGAGAUUCGCCAGAUGGCUCAGAACAUCUUGGUCAAAGCCUUGGGAGCCACCGCUCAUGAGAAAGGGGAGAAGUACCAGCUUGGUCUCACCAAGAUCUUCUUCCGCGCGGGAAUGUUGGCAUUCUUGGAGAAUCUCCGCUCUGCGCGUCUGAAAGAAUGCGCCAUUAUGAUCCAGAAGAACCUUCGCGCGAAAUACUACCGUCAUAAGUAUCUCGAUGCACGACAGUCUAUCCUCGAUUUCCAGACCGCGACGAGGGCAUUCCUCGCCAGACGCAGAGCAGAGGAGACAAGACAAACCAAAGCAGCUACUGAUCUUCAGCGAAUCUGGAGAGGCCACAAAGCUCGCAAGAACUUCAACCAAAUCAGGAAAGACCUUGUUUUGUUCGAGUCGGUUGCAAAAGGCUUCCUCUGCAGAAAAAACAUCCUCGAAAAGCGCAUUGGGGAUGCUGCAAUCAAGAUUCAAAGAGCUUUCCGGUCAUGGCGAUCAUUACGUGCCUGGAGACAGCACCGUAGAAACGUUGUCAUCGUGCAGAACUUGUGGCGUGGUAAAAUGGCCAGGCGUGACUACAAAACGAGGCGCGAAGAAGCGCGAGACCUCAAACAAAUCUCUUACAAGCUGGAGAACAAGGUUGUUGAGCUUACUCAGUCACUCGGCGCUCUCAAGCGGGAGAACAAGUCGCUCCUCUCACAAGUGGAGAACUACGAGGGUCAACUCAAAUCGUGGAGAUCCAGGCAUAACGCCUUGGAGACUAGAUCUCGGGAAUUACAGACGGAGGCUAACCAAGCUGGUAUUGUCGCUGCACGCUUGAGCGCUCUUGAAGAGGAGCACGCGAAAUUGCAAGCCAGCCAUGAUGAGCAUAUGGGCAAUGCGAAGAGGUUGCAAGACGAAGAUCGCAAACUUCGAGAAUCUUUGCAGACGUCCAAUGCUGAGCUGGAGAAGUUGCGACAAGCAAUGGCGACGCACGAAAGUGAGAGGGGCACCUUGCGACAGCAAAUCAACGAGCUCCAAGACCAACUGGAAAUGGCAAGGAGAGCUCCAGUUCCUCCUGUCGCAAACGGUGUCAAUGGAGAAGUCACCAAUGGAGUCCAGCCUGCCAACGGCCUCAUCAAUCUUGUCUCUUCCAAGAAGCCUCUCAAGAGAAGGAGUGCUGGAGCCGCGGAACGAAGCGAGCUUGAUCGCUACAGUGGUGCCUUUAAUGCCCGCCCGGUCUCGAUGGCCCUUGACACUCACGCGAAGACCUUGUCAGGUUCCACGUUCCAUCCGGGUCUGGACAGUGUUGAGAUGGAACUCGAAAAUCUGCUUGCCCAAGAGGACGAACUCAACGAUGAAGUCACUAUGGGCCUGAUCAGAGGCAUCAAGAUCCCUCAACCAGGUGCCAAUCCUCCUCCAACAGACAAGGAGGUCUUGUUCCCGUCCUAUCUCAUCAACCUGGUAACCUCCGAAAUGUGGAACAAUGGGUUCGUGAAGGAGUCGGAACGAUUCCUUGCCAACGUGAUGCAGUCUAUCCAGCAAGAAGUUAUGCAGCAUGAUGGAGAAGAAGCUAUCAAUCCUGGAGCAUUCUGGCUGUCAAAUGUGCACGAAAUGCUGUCAUUCGUCUUCUUGGCUGAAGAUUGGUACGAGGCGCAAAAGACCGACAACUACGAAUACGACCGACUGCUCGAAAUCGUCAAGCAUGAUCUCGAGAGUCUCGAGUUCAACAUUUAUCAUACCUGGAUGAAGGUAUUGAAGAAGAAGUUGCACAAGAUGAUUGUGCCCGCAAUCAUCGAGUCUCAGUCCCUUCCCGGCUUUGUGACGAACGAAAGCAAUCGCUUCCUCGGCAAGUUGCUACCUUCCAACAACACUCCCGCUUACAGCAUGGACAAUCUUUUGAGCUUGUUGAACAAUGUCUUCAAGGCCAUGAAGGCUUACUACCUCGAAGACACCAUCAUUACGCAAACGAUUACCGAACUGCUCCGACUGGUCGGAGUGACGGCUUUCAACGACCUGUUGAUGCGUCGGAAUUUCUUGUCUUGGAAACGAGGACUCCAAAUCAACUACAACAUCACCCGAAUUGAGGAAUGGUGCAAAAGUCACGACAUGCCUGAGGGAACAUUGCAACUCGAACAUCUCAUGCAAGCCACCAAGCUCCUACAACUCAAGAAAGCAACAUUAAACGACAUCGAAAUUAUUCAAGAUAUCUGCUGGAUGCUCUCUCCCAACCAGAUCCAGAAACUCUUGAACCAAUACCUUGUGGCAGAUUACGAACAACCCAUCAACGGUGAAAUCAUGAAGGCUGUGGCGUCCCGAGUCACCGAGAAGGGCGAUGUUCUGCUUUUGGCUCCAGUCGACAUGGAAGAUAGUGGCCCCUAUGAGAUUGCUGAACCGAGAGUCAUCACUGCCCUGGAGACAUAUACUCCUUCAUGGCUUCAAACACCUCGAUUGAAACGACUUGCGGAGAUCGUCUCCGCUCAAGCCAUGGCUCAGCAAGAGGGGCCCAGCAUCACUGACGGUGGCAUCAGCGACACUGAGGCUGCUUGACCUUCCUGCCCCCUUUCACAAUGAUGUACACAUUCCACGCGGAUCUUCAGGAGGUGUCCUAUCAAGUCAACUUAUAAUGAGUGGCGCCUCAAGGUCUGUAUGCUGGAGGGUAGCGGAUAAAGUACAGAGCGAUAAUGGAAUUGUCUACGCCUGAUUCUGCAACUGAUAGCGUGAGGUUAAUUUUGGGCAUAGCACUUGGUGUCUGUCUGGUCGUGAGCGGCAUAUGUGGGAGCUGAUGUCUGAAACACAAGUCAAAGGCAAUAAACAUUGGUUGCUCCCAAUUCAUAACCCGAAUCCGUAAUGCACAACUAUUGAUUGAUCACUUUCCAGCACGUUCUUGCUGACU